UCCAAGGAGCCUCUCCUCCUUCUCCUGCCAUCCCAGACCAGCCUGCCAGCCACCAUGAGGGCUCCCUACUUGCUGCUGCUGACUUUCUGCCUCCUCUUCUCCCAAGUGUCCUCAGGUGUCAGCUAUUUGACAGCUCUCGGCCACAGGUCUGACCACUACAUCUGUGCCAGGAAUGGUGGCACCUGUCACUACUCUUCGUGCCCUCUCUUCACCAAGAUUGAAGGCACCUGUUACGGCGGGAAGGCCAAGUGCUGCCUCUGAGCUGGGAGCGAUGGGAGAAAGAAGACAGAA